CGAGCCCGCUCAUCCUCGUCUUCCCGGGACGUGUCGCUCGUCUGCCUCAUGCCGCCCAAGAAGAAGUCGACCUCGAAAGGGUCCCUGAAAAACUCAACCUCUCAGCAACGCACAUUGUUUGAUCACUUUCAGAAGAAGGGAAAACCAGAUGCAGAUGCAAAGGAAAACGGAUCGGCCCAAGGCAGUCAAGAGCUGAAGCCUGAGGCGCCGCCCUCUUCGCCACCCCAGAUCGUUGAGCCUGAGCCCGUGGAUGCAUCGGCUGAAGUCGCCACCACUUCUUCACCUGCCGCAUCAUCUCCAUGGACGAAUCCCCCACCCUCAUCCGGCCCUCCAAGCUCACCUUUACCCAUCGAGAUCGAGGUUGAAAAUGAGAAAGACACGUCGGCUGCUGCUGUCCCUCCAACUACGCCGCGGAAAGUCCUGAAGCCUCAGGUUCCAUCCACGCCUGUCAUUGGCACCUCGAGGGAUGUGCCAAUUGUGAUCGCGUCUCCUCCUGGUCCCUCUAAGCCAGCGCACCCCUUCUUCAAGCCGCGCGUCGCGCCGCCGAGUCCAUCUAAGGCAGCGCGAGCCAAGGUCGACGAGCUACCACCUGCAUAUCCAGACAGCAGCAGCCAACAUGUCCGAGGUCCGCAACUGAUGCACCCUAUGCCCCGCGCAGCCUUCUACCCUCCUCGACAGCGUACUUCACGAGACCACGGCGAGCACCCUGCGGACCUAUCCUUCCUCAAGGUAGAACAGGACAACAGUCCUUCAGCUACUGGUGGUUCCGAUGACCCUGAAGAAGUCGAUGCCUCAGAGCGCGAGUCAUAUCUGGCAACGAUCCCGGAGGAACAUCGCGGGCGCACAGCCAUAUCCCUUCUGCUCCAAGACAGCGCAGACGGUAGCGAGAAAGCUCACUCCACUUGGGCUCAGCAAUGCAUGCCUCAAACGGCGGAAGCCGUGCUAGGGAACGAGCGCAACGCCACAUAUCUGCGCGACUGGCUCAAGAAGCUACAACUGGACGUUAGCAAUCUCGCGUCAUCCAGCGACGCCGGCUCAGACACCCCGAAGCCAAAGCCCAAACCGAAGGCCCCCAAGCGUCCCAUAGGCGCAUCUAAACGACGUACGCGGAAGCGACUGCGUCUGGAUAGUGAUGACGACAAUUUCAUUGUCGAGACUGGCGACGACUACGCGGAGGAGGACGAGGAGGAAGAAUGGGGGCCGGUUGGUGGCGAUGAGGACGAGUACGUCCCAACGCGUUUACAACGCAAAGACGACGGCGCUGUCGCGCCUUCGCCAGCGACACCGGCCAUACCACCCUCAGUCUCUGCACCUGCGGCACCGUUAGCCUAUGCUAAUCAGAAUGUCGCCCCUCCCAAUCCAUACAUGUGGAUGCCGCCGCAAACGGGCGCGUACUACCCCAACUUCAUGCAAUUCGCGCCGAUGUACGCCCAGUAUAUGCCGUACCCGCAAGCUCAAGUGUAUCCGACUCCCGCCUAUAGCGUCUACCCACAGUCCGUUGCCCCAAAUCCCUACCCGUACUAUAACUGGCCGCCACCCGCUGCUGUUUAUUCUCCCGUCCCACCGCCAGCCGCACCUGCUUCCGCGCCGCCUCCGGCUCUGCCUACCCCUACACCCCCAACCCAACCUGUUCGUAACGCCAUAUUGCUCGCAGGCCCCUCCGGGAGCGGGAAGACAGCGGCGGUCUACGCGUGCGCGGCCGAGCUUGGCUUCGAAGUCUUCGAAGUCUACCCCGGCAUCGGGCGUCGCAACGGCGCCUCGGUCGACCAUCUCGUUGGCAAUGUUGGUCGCAACCACAUGGUACGGCAGGCGAGGGCGGAGGCGUCGGGUGGCACCAAGGCCAAGAACGCUUUUGCGGCACUGAUGAAGCGGAAGGCGGCCGACGAGGAGCCGCCUGCGGACGCUGCCUCGCCGGCUGCCGAUACUGCCUCGCCACCGCCUGCUUCCAAAGAGAAUGGCGCGACAUUCCGGCAGUCGCUCAUCCUUCUGGAAGAGGUCGACAUCCUGUUCAAGGAGGACACGAAUUUCUGGCCCUCCCUCGUCACGUUCAUAAAGUCGAGCCGGCGCCCAGUGGUGUUAACGUGCAACGACCUAUCGAUCGUGCCUUUGUGGGCCUACGACAUUCCCCUGCAACAUGUCCUACAUUUCUCGCGCUGCCCAGCCCCACUAGCGACUUCUCUCUUGCAGUCUCUGUGCUACAAACACGCGCGCCUGGUGCCGCGUGAAGACAUCGCGCGCUUCUGCGACUCCCGGUGCGACGCCGAGGACACGCGAGCGGCUUCUGGCUGUGAUCUGCGGCAUGCGAUCAACGCGCUGCAGCUGCAUUGCACGACGCGUGCGGGAGGAAUUCAGAGGGAGGAAGAAGAGGAGCUGUAUGUGUUGAAUUGGGAGGAUUCGGAGGAAUCUGGUGGGGGAGACCCGAUCGUUGCGGCGGCGGCUCGCUCGGUGCAUAGGCGGCGGCAGGCGGUGCACUCUGAAUUGCUGUCAUUCAUGGAUGCGCAUGCGUGCAUUCGCAGCUUGGGACAGAUUGACCCCUGGGCUCGUAGCGCGCCUGCCGACGACGAUGAGCUGGGGCACCAGGUGCUCUUCGACCUGCCGUCGUACCCCGACGUCGACGUCGCCUUCCGCGACCGCGUCGGCGAGCUCGCCGCCACGGCGGCACGUUUGUCUGCACGCGCCGCACGUGGGCCAGGCGCGGAUGUGCCGCCGUCAUCGCCGCCCCGUGCGCCCGCAUGUUACGGUGCGCGUGCGCUGUUCCGCGCUCGCGUGGAGAACGCGGAGCGCGUCGCUCGGCUGCGUGGCAACCCCGUGCUCGCUAGUGCCGGCGGGGGAGCGGCACUGUUCCUUGAUUACCUGCCAUAUGUGCGCCAUAUGGCUGCCACGGACGACGCGCUGGAGAGGCUUGCGAUGAGCGGCGCUGGCGCUGGCGCAGGCGUCGCGCGCGGGCGGACGACGAGGAACAGCCAGCGCGCGCAAUAUGUUCGGACGGUGGAUCUGACGGAGGGGCAACGGGAAGCGCUGGCAGCUACUGCGCUCGUGGGAUAGAAGUGCUGGGACGGGCUAUCAGGAUUCAUCGGGAGGAGGGAUGGGAGCGGGCUGCAGUCAGUCGGUCCAGCAUGAGGCUUCGAAGUAGCGUUGCGGAUGAUACCCUAGGAAACUUACCAACACCCAUUGUUACCGGUUCGAAACCGGUUCCGUACUGGUAUCAUACCGGACCCCCUUCAAGUGCUGAGCGGGGUCGGUACCAUACCAUACGCAAUAUGUGGCGUCGACGCUCAGUGCGACGCUGAGGCGGCUAGCAGGCUUCGUUGGGCGGUGGAGGACUUUCCGUGACGUGAGCUUUCAGUUUGGCGCCCUCCCUUGUAGGUAGCUGCGAUGUGAAUGGUUGUCCUGCAGUUUGUGAUCAUUUGGUGGUCACUUCGAGCCCCGGCGUGUGUCCCUGAUUUGCUUGAUGAAACCGCCUGCGC